AUGUUAAAUUCUACAUUUAAUUUCACGAGUCCAAAUUCAAAUUCGAAUUCAAAUUCAAAUUCAAAUUCAAAUUCUGCCACUACCAAAGAUAAAAAACAACCCGAAACUAAAAGAAGAAGGGUUACUCGAGCUUGUGAUACUUGUAGACAAAAAAAAGUUAAAUGUGAUGGUAAACAACCUUGUAUCCAUUGUACCGUUUAUUCAUUUAAAUGUACUUAUGAUGAACCAAAUAUUAGAAAUAAAAAAUAUAUAGGUCCUCCAAAACCUUCUCAACCAAGUGCAGCUGUUUUAAAGGCUGCUGCUGCUCAAGCUGCUCAAAAUGAAAAUAAUCAUAACCUAACUUCAAAUAAUUUAAUUAUAUCUCAACAAAUUAUUAAUGCUUUAUUACCAAAAUUACAAAUUAAUUUAUUUGAUAUAAAUUUAAAAUUUGAUUUGAAUAAAUUUCAGAAAAUUAUUCAAUAUAAAGAAUGUAAAUCGAGUCAUUUUUCAACUUGUAUGGAAGAAAUUACUGAAUUAAUGCAAGAUCCAAAUUUAAUAAUACCUCCAAUUAAUAGACAACCAUCAGUUUCAUCGUCAAUUGAAAAUGAAGAUCCACCAACUGUUCAAUCUCCAAAAGAAAUUAAAUUAUAUUUACCAACUAAAGAAAUUGCAUUACAAUUAAUUUAUACAACAUGGCAAAAAGCCUGUGUAUUAUUUAGAUUUUAUCAUAGACCAAGUUUAUUAGAAGAAGUAGAUUGGUUAUAUUCAAUGGAUCCUUCAAAUUAUGGUGAUCGGCAACAAAAAUUUUUACCAUUUUUAUAUAGUAUCUUAGCUUGUGGGAGUUUAUUUUCAAAAACUCCAUAUGAAAAUUCAACUUUGAAUGAAAAUUUAGAAGAUGAUGGAUUUAAAUAUUUUCUUGAAGCUAGAAAAUUAAUAGAUAUAAGUAAUGUCGGUGAUAUCAAUUCAAUUCAAACUAUUGUUAUGAUGAUUAUGUAUUUGCAAUGUUCUGCAAGAUUAUCUACUUGUUAUUCAUAUAUUGGAAUUGCAUUGAGAAGUGCUUUAAAAGAAGGUUUACAUCGAAAUUUAUCAAUUUUUCAAAAUUCAAAAAGAAAAUUAGAUCCAAUUGAAAUUGAUACAAGAAAAAGAUUAUUUUAUACAAUUUAUAAAAUGGAUAUUUAUAUAAAUUCUUUAUUAGGAUUGCCUAGAAGUAUUAAAGAAGAUGAAUUUGAUCAAGAAUUUCCUGAAGAAUUAGAUGAUGAAAAUAUUACAAGAACUGCUUAUUUAUAUGAAAAACAAGAAGGUAGAUUAUCUUCAGCUGGUUGUGCAAAUCAUCAUACAAAAUUAAUGAUCAUACUAAGUCAUAUAGUUAAAAAAUUAUAUCCUGUAAAAGUUGUGAAUUCAAAUGAAAAAAAUCCACAUAGUGACGAGUUGAGUCCAUCUACUACUACUACUGCUGCUACUACUACUACUUACACCCCAGAUAGAAUACAUGUAAAAGUAUCCGAAUUAGAAUUGGAGAUGAAAAAUUGGUUAGAUAAUUUGCCAAUGGAAUUAAAACCAAUAGAUCCAAAUAAUAAUGAACCGCCAAAUAAAAUACCUGAAAGAUUUCAAUUAGCUAAUUAUUAUUUACAUUUAGCAUUUUUAAAUUGUCAAAUUAUGUUAUAUAGACCAUUUAUUCAUUUUAUAAGUGAUAAUUUAGAAAGUCAUAAUAAUGGUGGUGGAUUACUGGAUCCAAGAUCUUUAAUUAGAGGUAGAAAUUGUAUUAAAGUAGCAAGAAUGGUUGUUAAAUUGGCAAAUAAAAUGAUUGAUCAAAAAUUAUUAAUUGGAACUUAUUGGUUUUCAAUGUAUACUAUAUUUUUCAGUAUUGCUUGUUUAAUAUAUUAUUUUCAUUUUGCAAAUUAUAAUAAUAAUGGAAGUGGUUAUAAUUAUGCUGGUGUUUUAUUUGAUGAUGAUUUAAACAUAGACAUGAUAAAGAAAGAUAUUGAAAUUGGGAAGAAGGUAUUAGAUUGUUUAAAAAAUUCAUCAAACAGUUCCUUAAGAAUUUAUAAUAUUUUGAAUACAUUAUUUGAACAAUUGAAUAGACGAACAGCAUCAAGAUCAAGAAAUAAAUCAUCAACAACAACAACCACUGAAUCAGAAUCAAAUCAAAAUCAUCCAUAUAUUAAUAUGCAAUCUAAAAAUGUUCAAUCAACUUUUAAAAAUUUUGAUAAAAUUAAUCAAUUUGCAAAUCAAACUAAUAACAAUAAUAAUAUUGAAGAAUUAUUUGAUGCUACAAAUUUAGCUAAUUUUCAGUCAGGUAAUGAAAUUCCAAAUAGUAUGCCCAAAAUGGAAAAAUUAUCAAGUAUUGAAGAAGAACAAAAUAAUGAAGAAAUUGGAGAAAUUGCUGGACACAAUUUAACUGCUGAUUAUAUUCCUGGUGUAUUUGAUAAAUUAGAUGCUCAAAUAUUUGGAAAGAUAUUACCUCCAUAUAUGUUGGAAAAAAAUGAAACUAAUCAAAUACAAAACAACAACUCACUAAAUAAUAACAGUUCAAAUGAUCAAGAUUUUUUUAGUGGUGAUGGAAUAAAUUUAGACGAUAUACUUUGGUAUAAAUGCAAAUGA